CUGGGAGAAUGGGAAAUGCUCAGUCAGGUCCGGAGCUGAGACCGGGGUGGUCCGUGUUUUUAGUUUUCCCCAUUUUUUUAUUUAUUUUAUUUUUUUCAUUUUCGUACCUUUUUCCCCCCCGUUGUCCCAACUUUUUUUGAGUGUCAAGUGACUUCUGUGGUUUGUCUUUAGUUUUAUUUUUUGGCCUGUUUUCUUUUAUCCGUUCGGCUGGAAAAUCAUGGAAACCAGGGAGUUGGACGACGGGACGCCGGUCGAACAGAAUCUGCCACCGCACUUCUCCGCCUACGGGGAUUAUAAUCCUUCCUCGCCGCUCUACAGAUCUCCUUACGUCCCCUACAUCCACGAGGAGCUGGUUCCAGCCUCCCAGGCGAUCCCUGGGCCGGGGCCGGGUCACGACUGGGAGCGGGCCCUCUCCGGCGGGCCCUCGUUCGAGAAGAAAGCACCUUCCGCUUCGGGCAAGGAGCAGAGGAUACGACGGCCGAUGAACGCCUUCAUGGUCUGGGCGAAAGUCGAGAGGAAAAAGCUCGCCGACGAGAACCCGGACCUCCACAACGCCGACCUGUCCAAAAUGCUAGGUAAGAAGUGGCGGAGUCUCACCCCUCAGGACAGGCGACCGUUUGUUGAAGAAGCGGAGCGGUUGCGUGUUAUGCACAUGCAAGAGCACCCCAACUACAAAUACAGACCGAGAAGACGAAAACAGGCGAAGAGAUCCUCCGGCCCGGGUUCCCCGCAGGGCUCCGGCUUAGGCUCCUCCCUCAGGGCGACCGGGAACCCCGGAGGAGCCGAAUCCGGGAAUCCGAGCUUCUCCUAUUUCCUGCCGACGACUCCUGAUUCCUCGCCGUCCGGAAGCCCGACUCGGGUACCAGACGAAAUGGAGGAGGACUUCUCGCCGAGGACAACGGGCGCGGAAGAAGAAAGGCUUUAUCAGCAUCCUUCCACCUCGGCCAACCCUGACUACUAUAGGUAUCAAAAUUACAACCGCCCUUACGGCUACCCUCAGAAUAACACGAUCUCCGCGAUGGGCGUGGCGAAGGGGAUGGUUAUGCUCUGCACGAACCAGAGACUCCUUGGGACUUACGAACACUCGGGAAUAGUCACGGGAACUUUCUACCCUCCGAUAGCGACUUCUCAGGACCAGCAGAAUCUAGUCGGCGCCUCCCAGAGCGCCGUCUACUCAUCCGUCAAUUCCCAGCGCAGCUACUACCCCCAGCAAGAGCCAACGAACUACCCGGUCUACAGGACAUGUCAAUACAGAGAAUUGGAAAGGCGAUACAGCCCGGGAGCAGCGGGCAGCUCUAUUCAGCAACAACAGCCGCAGCAGCCUCUUGAGAACACGGACCUUCUCCAUCCCCACGUGCCCGAGCCGCACCUCUACGACGUCCAAGACAUGGACGAGCUCGACAAGUACCUCAAGUACCAGCAGCUCCAGCAGCCGUUGCAGCAGCAACAGCCGCACUACCAGCAGCACCUGCACGGACCCCUCGAUUCGAACCACAACUACCAGAGCGAGUAUCAGUACCCGAUGGAAGACCUGGACAAGUAUCAAGACCAGCAGCAGAUCCAACAAGUGCAACAGGUACAACAGCAGGUACCGCAAGACGGCGAAGAGCAGAAACCGCUCGACGACUUUUCACACAUCCUCGCCGACGUACGAAAAACAUGCUACACUUCGUGUACAUAAUGAUUUCUAAAUAAUUAAAAUUAAAAAUUAAGCCUAAUAAAAAACUAGCAAUAUUUUUGUAAAUUAGA